UAUUCUAGAAAUUCUAGAGGUAUCAACGCUUGCAACAUAAAAAAAUAUGCAAUAAAUAAGACAGGACCUGCAAUGUAAUUUAUCGUCAAAAGAUGUCGCUAUGUCCGCGUACGUGAGAAGUCCCGCGGCCGCGGCGCUAGUUUCGCAGUAUAUGUACGAAUUAUUAAGACUAGUCAAGUAGUUCCACUAAAAUCCGCGGGACUUCUUCCUAAAUGGGAUGUGGGUGAGCUUUUUCACCUCAGCUGGUAUACCAUCAGAUAUAGCAGCCACAUAUGCUCUGACCUUCAUGGACAACCGGAUCCAGAAUGACAUGUUACUCUAUCUAAAUAAGGAUAAUCUUUGGGAUAUGGGCAUCAGACAAAUGGGAGAUGUUAUUGCUAUUUUACGGCAUGCCAAGCAAGUGCACAAGAGCACAGUGUGGAAUCGCAUUCAGAGAACCACGGUCAGCAACAUGGUGCCCGUUGCUGCUGUUGCCGCUCGCUUCACCGCAGCGCAGCCACUGUCACUGGCAAGUCGCACUCUGGAGCACUGCACGAGAAACCCGAUCUCGAAGGUAUUCUUGCCUGUGCAGGCGCAAAAGAGAAAAUCCUAUGAAAUGUCAAAUACAGUAGAUUUGGAUAAAAAGAAAUCUCGGCUCAUCAGAUUUGGAACUCCGCCAAAGGAAGCUAGUGAAGAAGCCACAGUAAGCAAGCAGACAGUGUUCGCUCGUCUCGGCAUCUCGGAUUCGGUGGCCAUAGCUGCAGUCAAGGGUUCCACCAUCAUAACCGACGUUAAGUCCGUCUUCGCGCGUCUCGGCUCCAAGCCUGAAGACCCACCCAUGCAGAAAGACGGCAUUCACUCCACUCCGUCUUUCAACAACCUCACUGUUACUACCUCAAAGGAUAAUAUCAGAAAGAUAUCAUGCACUGGGAGAGCGGAUGAAGCACCAUUGCCUGACAAAGAGAAACAAGCGUUACCUAAAGCAAAGUCUGUGACGUUCUCCGAAACAGUGCAGUAUAAAGAAAUCGAAGCAGUUUACAAAGCGAUUGUGAAGCCAAAGUUCAGAACAGUCUUUAAUAAGCCCGGGAGGAGUUUGUCUAUGUUCGAAGGAGGCGGCAGAGUCAAAGCUAGGUUAGGAAUAAAAGCCAAUACAAAAAAAUUUACUAUUACUAGAAAUAUGUGAGGGAGUCUUGUAUAUUAUACUUGAGUAAAAUAUGAAAUGAAGUAGCCACCUUUUACCUCUUGGUAUGGUAAACAUUGUUAUGAAAAUGGUAAAGAUAUUAAUAAAUUAUAAUAUUUUAUUUGGAACAACUAAUUAAUGAUUAUAGGAAAAAUAUCAACCUUAGGAUGUUAUGUUAUUCCAAAAGUUUUAAACUUUUAAAAUAUAUUUCUUCAAUUGGUAACAUAGUUACACUUUGAAUAGUCAUGUACAUAUUUUAAUCAAAUUAUUUUUAAAUUAUUUAUAAAGAAAUCGAAGCAGUUUACAAAGCGAUUGUGAAGCCAAAGUUCAGAACAGUCUUCAAUAAGCCCGGGAGGAGUUUGUCUAUGUUCGAAGGAGGCGGCAGAGUCAAAGCUAGGUUAGGAAUAAAAGCCAAUACAAAAAAAUUUACUAUUACUAGAAAUAUGUGAGGGAGUCUUGUAUAUUAUACUUGAGUAAAAUAUGAAAUGAAGUAGCCACCAUUUACCUCUUGGUAUGGUAAACAUUGUUAUGAAAAUGGUAAAGAUAUUAAUAAAUUAUAAUAUUUUAUUUGGAACAACUAAUUAAUGAUUAUAGGAAAAAUAUCAACCUUAGGAUGUUAUGUUAUUCCAAAAGUUUUAAACUUUUAAAAUAUAUUUAUUCAAUUGGUAACAUAGUUACACUUUGAAUAGUCAUGUACAUAUUUUAAUCAAAUUAUUUUUACCUAAAGCUACUACAGCUACUCAAUUUUUAUAGCCGAGACAAAGUAUCUACAAAAUAAACGUGGGCACAGAAUCCUAAAUCCGUUCUUAAAAAAUGUUGUAAUACAAUUUCAAUAAUUUGGCUGCCUAAUAUUUUAACUCAGUAUUACACUGAAUUUAUCCCUUUUACUUUACACAAGGUCAGAGACCUAUUAUUAUAUUUUUCACGUAUACAGGGUGUUAGUGACAUCGUAACGAGAUUCUGAUUUGACGGAAAAUUCCACUUGAUAUUAACUCAGGAUCAUGGUCUGAACCAUCCCCCUCAGUAUUUGUUACGAUGUCACUAACACCCUUAGUAUUAUUCAUUAUUCUAUGAUCCGGUAUAAAUAAGUCGUAUACGCCUUGGGGUAGGUAGACACCACGGAAUUCCAUUUACUACGAUCAUGACACACCACUUUCUCUUCCACUCUUCAUCAGUCUUCAUUGAUACUCGCCGGUUUAGAGUACUCUCAUUUUUGAUCUGGGCUUUCUUUAAAACAAGCUGGAUUCAUAUCCAGCUUCCACCCAUCCAUUAUCAAACGUUUGCAUAUUCAUUAUACAGUUUAUGACUCUAUUGAAUAAAUUUGUUUUUCUUUGUGAUCAAAGUCAAGUAACCUUUUAUUUGAUGCUGACUAUUUUCCUUACUUAAGAAUUUUGCUUUGUGGACGACUUAAAAAUAAGUUACAACUUUAAGUAAUUAAAACAGCCACUCGCUAAGCCAAAGACUAAACGAUAAGUUUUGUAUACAAUGUAAGUAAGCUAUCUUAUUAGAAAGACAGAAAAUAUUAUUAAAUUAAAUGUAUCAAAUAAGUAUAGAUCGGCAAUUCGGUGGCAUAUUUACCUAAACUUUACGGUAGUCCAUAAUAUACAGUUGAUAUAACCGUGACCGCCUUGCCUUUAAAAAUAGCAGUACUUUUAUUCGUUAACUGAACAAUAAAGUGUAGCUGCUCUGAAUGUUUUGCAUAUCUAAUUCAAUCCGAAAUAGUAAAUUGCAGUGUUAUUUUUAACGUCAGGUAAAGCUGUAAACGGUAAUAUCAACUCAAUAUAUGGGAUAUGGACUAACGUCAAGUUUAGGUAUAUAUGCCACCGAAUUUCCGACCUAUAAAAAUAUUUUUUUUCUUAUGGCGCGCAUGUGUAUGAUAGGAAACUCCUUUGGUGAGAGAGAUGGUACCAGUUUUCGUAGACUAUAAAUAAUAUAAUUAUUGUCUGUUUGAAAAAUACAUUUGAUGUGACUUAUUAUAAAUUUGCCGCAAAUGGUAUUAACUAUGGCCGGACAAAAUAAAACAACACGACGAUUCAGUGCUCAGUAGUUACUGGUACCUAUUGGGGCGGACACAAACUACAGUUUGACAGCUCUUAAAUUAGUGCCGUCCUUCACUAAGAAUACGUGCAAGAAAGAGCUAGUUAUAGUCCUGUCAAAUUAAGUUGGUUAAAAUAAAGUUGGUGGUUGCCCACAUCAACAUUAUUGGUUUUACUUCUUUUAUCAGGCUAGACGAUGACUAGGUACUUUUCAAAAUGAAAAUUGUGCCAUGAAUUUGUAUGAAUGUAAUAUCUUUUAUUCCUUGAUUUUACUAUAAGCAUUUAUUUGUCAUCAAUAGACGUAGUCAAAUAUACGUAAGUACCUUGAUUAAAUUUCGUAAAUAGAUAAAGAAGAAAAAUGAAAUUAAGCAUAUAAAUAUCUACUUUGUAAAA